CAAGAAUUCCAUAGAUCAGUCUUCGUCUCAAAACUCCUUCCAUAAAUACUGUAAAUUUGAUUCAACAACUUUAAAGCUUGUAGCAAUCUUUCCCUGCAAAACCCUUAAACCCCUGAUUCUAAACCUAACAUGUUGAAAGAACAGCAGACAUCUUCAUCUCCAUCUCCAUCUUCAUCUUCGUUCUUCUUGUUUCCAAACCCUUACCCUCUGCUGCGCUCUUUUAACAUUCCUGCACCUGUAAUUCAUCCUCCAGGAAUCGAUCCCAAUUCGCUCUUGAACCCCAAUCCGCAUGGCAAUGAUGGAUUAGAGCCUUUGACCUCCUUAGAUGUCGACCCUUGUGCAGAAAUCAUCACAAAAUCAACUGAUUCAACUGCGUCUGAACCUGAACCGAUGAACGAAGAUGGCAAAGUUUUGAUUGUGGAGAGAUGUAAAAGGAAAAUUAAUAGCUUACUGGUUAUCGAAGAAGACGCAGAUACAAAGAGGAGAAGAUAAUGAAAGAAGAGGGAGUAUCUGGUGCUUCAGGUACUUUGUAAAGUCUGCAAUAUGUCUUGUAAUAUAAUCAGCAUGAGCAUUCUGCCAUGAUUCUGAAAAGUCAAAGCUGUUGCACAUGAGGAAGGUGGCU